AUGGCAGCUGGAAAAAAAGGCAUCCAGGUGUCCGCCCAGAACUCCGGAGGCAUUCAGACCCUCCUCGAUGCCGAGAGAGAGGCUCAGAAGAUUGUCCAGCAAGCUAGAGAAUACCGUACAAAGCGGAUAAGGGACGCAAAGGCGGAGGCGCAGAAGGAAAUCGAGGAAUACAGGAAGCAGAAGGAAGAGGAAUUCAAGAAGUUCGAAGCCGAGCACUCAAGCGGUUACAAGAAGGCCGAGGAGGAUGCGAAUAAGGAAGCUGAAGUGAAGCUUGACGAGAUCAAAAAGGCUGGAACGGACAAGGGUCCCAAGGUUGUUGAGAAGCUGAUUCACGCGCUGGUUGAUGUGAAGCCCGAGCCGUCUGCGAAGAUCGUUACCAAGGCAUAG